CUAGAGAUACUAUUUUAGCCUAAGAUAAAACCGCUAAUGUAAAAAGAUUUUAUGAAAAAUCAUUUAGUGUUGUAUUCAAUUCGGUAGUGAUCGCAACGGGCUAAGUGAUCGUUAUAACACACAAAAUAAAAACGAAGAAAAAGAAACGAAUUAUUGAAAAAAAAAAAAAAAGAAUUAUGAGAAAUAAAUUUAGUACGUUGUAUUGAAAAUUUAAAAAAAAAGAAAAUUGAAAUGAAAUAGUAAAAGCAAAACAACAGCCAACAAAAUACUCACUGUAAAAGUGAGUUGAAAUAAGAAAUUAUUGAAUUAAUCAAUUAAUUGUUUGAAAAAAAAAAAUAAUGAAAUAAAACAAAAGGCAAAAAAUCUUUUGAAAUGUUUAAACAAAUUUAUCAAUACAACACAAAUAUGGUUUUAACGUUAUGGGAGAAAGCUUAAAUUUGAAAACAAAAAAAAAAAAGUUAUUUUACGUUUACAAACGCAAAUUAAAGCUAAAUGGCUAAAACGCUAAUUGCUUAAAUAAAAAUACAUACAACCCAAAAAUAUAAUGAUUUCAAAAUCUUAUUUUUACAACAAAUUAAAACCAAAGAAAUAAAAAUCACUUUAAAAGUUUAUCACAAUUUCAUAAUAUUAUUAAAUUAAAACAACUGCAAUAACAAAAAUUUUAUAAAAUAAAGAAAUUUAUAUAAAAAAAUACAAAAAUUAUUGAUAAAAAUAUUAUCCGUCCUAAGUACACAUUAACAGCACCAACACCCUUAGCCAGUUUUACAACUACAAUGACAACAAAAACAACUGCAAUGUGGGUCAUUGUCCAGCUUUGUGUUGUUGUACUACAAAUCUUGGCGUCUUCAGUUUCCCCCGCCAACUGUGAUAAACAAAUACCAACAUUAUCGCCAACGUCUUCGCCUUCGCCUUCACCAGCAGCCAACACUCAUUACACUCGUUCCCUUAAUGGCGAUAAACUAUUGCAUCGUGUCGCCCGACUAACCAAACUCGAUCAAUUUGCCUUGCUCGAUCACAACAGCAACAAUAACAGUGCCAGCGCUAGUAAAGAUCGUUUACAAAACCCAGCCAGUUAUAUGGCCUCCUAUGGCUUGCGAACCCGUUUCCAGCCCCAGAAAUUCUACUCGAAAAAAGAACGCAAAGAAGCGGCAAAUAACCAAAAGAGCAAUUUGGUCAGUUUGAAUCUAGUCAGUGAUCCACCAAAAGAUAUUUGCAAUGAAUGCAGUUGUGAGCGUAAAAAUGCCUUUAUAACGGUGUCGUGCGAUUAUCAAAAGAAUCAAAAGUUAAGUCCCAUUUUUGAUAAAUCCUAUAAAGUGCCACAAAAUGCCCGAGUCAUUAUCAUAAAACUGGCGGCCAGAACCCAAUUUCAACUGAACGAUGGUUUCCUCAACAACAACACCAUCAAUCGUUUUAUAGUGGAGGGUAAUAUGAAGGAGGGCGAACAGGUGGAAAUUAACAGUAAUGCAUUUAGUGAAAAUAAUGGACCCUAUCCGGAAAUAGGUUUCAACAAUGUUUUUGCCAUAAUUAUAAGGAAUAAAGCAUUCCAGCAGAAAGGACCAGCAGCCAGUUAUAAAAUUAUUAUAACAAAUAGUAAUGAUGUGUUGUUAUUGGAGAAUGCCUUUGAGAAAACCAAUAUACGUGGUCAAUUUAUAGGCAUUAAGGAUUUGAGAAUCAAUGAAAAAGCCUUUAAAUCAGCUCAGGCCAGGCUACACAUUGAGUCUUCCAACAUAGACAAUAUCUUUAGAUUUGAGGCCUCAAUGCAGGAAAUAAAAUUUAUUAAUUGCACUAUUGGCACCAUUAAUCCCGGAGCAUUUGAUGUUUACGAUAUUAAAUUAUUGACAUUCGAAUCAUGUCGCAUUGAUGCCAUCAAAUCUAGAGCCAUUACGGAGAAGUUCUUUAGCCAGCAAGUAUCCAUAACUGGCGCCAGCAUUGGUUUAAUCGAAAGUGAUGCCAUUUUUGGUAGCGGCAUAAAUGAGCUUAAAAUUGCAAAUAACAAAAUCGACACCAUUUACGACAAUGCCAUACACGUGAUAUCCGCCUAUGUCACCAUAACGGGCAACAAAGUCAAACACCUGGGCAACAAUUGGUUACAUGUGGAGAAAUGGUCGAAAUUUGUAGUGGAACGCAAUCAGUUUGGUGUUUUUGGUCGCAUGUUGUUGGACAAUGAACAGAAUUCAACAUCGUGUAGUUUCGAGGGCAACUCAUUGACCGAACCACAAGAUGGUUCGUUAAACUUUACCAAACCCUAUUGCAAGAUACGUGAAGUAUCUGUGAAUUUGCCCUGUCGCUGUGAUCUCAAAUGGGUGGAGAAGUUGACCGAUAAAGAUUUACGCACCGAAAUCUAUUGUACUAUAGAUGAUAAAUUGGGCAAUUGUUUUAAUGCCACUACUUUCAAUUUCAUGAAAUAUUUAAAUGAGGUUUGUGAUGAAUCCAAGACCGUAUUGGAUUGUGUGGCUAAUCAGAAUUUGAAAAAGAUCGAAGGACGUUUCUAUACGGCCGAGGAAUUGGAAAGAAAAAAUCAACAUUUGCCUCAGCUAAUCAUGAUAUUGGCAGGCACCAUACUCUUGCUUAUGCUCAUCAUAGCAGUGGUGAUAUUUGUUAUUUGCCACUUCCGUCGCAGGGGCUCCAAACUGCAACGUGCUGAAACGUCAGGGGGACGCAAUCAUGUCCAUGAGUUUUUACCCCAAGAACGCUGUGUUAUUGAUCAGACCUUGCAGUUGACCCAAAAGAAAUAUCCCGAGAUCUAUAAAAAAUUUAAUGAACGUGUGCAAAUCCUCUACAUACAAGAUCUUACGGAAGAGAAAUGUGUCAAGACAACCAGUCAAAUUGUUAAUCUUUUGAAUAAAAUAAAAAAUCCUGGUACCGAUUUUAUGGCCUUUAAUCGAGUACUCACCGAACAUUUGCAAUCACCAUUACCUUCGGCUCCACCAGCCGAUCAAACACCCAUUUAUUCCGAACCAACUGGCAUGGAUGAGGGUUUUUAUACAUCAACAACAUUUUCCCAUUUGGAAGGUUCAACGGGCGCGGCUGGCUCGGGUCCGGAGCAUAUUUAUGCCGAACCCAGCUGUGCCCAACAGCCUUUGCUACCCAAUGAAUAUGCUUCACCGGCCGAUGGCCAUUUAACGUCGAUGGAUCUCUACACUGAACCCAUUAAUGAAAGAGCAAAUCUAACCACCACCACACCCUAUGCCGUAACCGGUUCUAUAGCACGAACUUACCAAAGUCCCUACCGGCCCCUACAAUAUGCCACACCCAUGCGUAACCAUCAACAAAGACACCAACUGCCAGAUGUUUUAGCCCAACAUCACAAUAAUCCAACAAACACAAAUACACCAUCAUCCUCAUCAGCGGACACAACACUCUCAAAUGUACGCAAAUUGGCCCAAGAUUUACAGGGCAAAACAAAUUUCAAUCCCAUAGCGAAGCCACGCAAUCUGCAUUUAGUUACACCGCCCACUUACACAGCUCCCGACAAGCGUCACAAACUGUUAAUGAAUAAAGGUCUCAAUUUAAAUGCAGCACCAUCAGCAGCCUCAACGGACAACAUUGAAAUGGAUAUGAGAGGAGCCGCCGCCUUGCCGCCCAGACCAGCAAACGAUUCGGGUUCAAAUCAUUCGGGCGGCAGCAACGAAACUGUGCAAAUCGAAGAUGUCAUAGAAUAUGUCGAUUCUUAAGUUAUGAAUCAAAUGAGCAAUAAGCAAAACAGUUCCAAUGUUUUUUUUGGCCAGUCAGUCGUUGGAAUAAGGGGUCAAUUUUUUGUGGUUUUCAAUUUAAAUAUUUGAAAACAUAUAAAAAGAAAAGAAAACAGGCUUGUGAUUAAAAAUAAUAAAACGAAAAUUAUACCAUUUCUGUGUCAUUGGUUUAAUAAGUUUAUUUGUAUUUUAAAAUUUAUAUAGUCUUUAUAAAUUUAGUCAUUUUAGUUUAUAAUUAAAACAAAAAAAAAACAAAGAAAAGAAAAUGUUGUAGUGUUAAAUGUUAAACCAACUUCCUAAAUUUGUUAUUAACAAAAGAAAAAAAAAAAGAAAAAAUCAAAUUUAUCCAUUUUCACAAAUGUCUAGUCAUAAGUAAAGAAAUAACCAGACAAGAUGAAAAUGGGCCUCUAUGUAUUUCUAGGUUCUAACCUGUGUAUUUAAAUUAAAUAAAUUUUUUUAUAUAAAAUUGUCCAACUCACAAUCGUUGUCGUAGCGUUGUAUUUUGUUUGUAAAAAUAUGACAUACAACUUACAACGCUACCAUACCAUUUGUGAAUUUAACAAAUAUUUCGUUAAUAGUAUUAAGUGUAAAUAGAGCUUUUGAUAUGAUAUUAAAUUACAAAGAAAUUUUAACUAAAUUAUAAAGUGAUCUAAUUGUUUUUGUUUUUCAUUUUUUAUACCAAUAUAUACAAAAUGUACUUUAGCCUUUAGUAGUUAUACUCCUAAGAUACUUUUAAUGUUACACUUUUAUCCACAACUUCAUUCUCAUUCAUAACUAUUUUUCUAAUUUAUGGUUUUAGAUUUAAAGAAGAGUUUAAGUUUGAAAUGUUAGAGAAAUAACUCUUUUUUUAUUUAUGUAACUCGUAAAUAGUCAUACAUUUAUUAUUAUUAUUUUCUUUUAAUAUUAAGCUCAGCGUAAUAUGAGAUUUGUGGUUGAAAACUGUAAAAAAUAUUAAAAAAAAAAAGUAAAACAAAAAACUAAGAUAAAACAAAAAGAAUCCUAAAUAAAACGAAAUUAUUCUCGAAGAAAUUAUAAAAAAA